UCCAUUAAGUAUAUAAAUGUAUUCAUUUAUUGGUGAGUCACUUAGACAAAGUUUAGCUGGUAUUUGAAACAGAGCAAACCUAGAGUAUGUACAGUGAAACUUGAUAACAUUAAACAUUCGAGAGAAGGUCUGCAUAGGACAGUGACUUGUAACUGAGUGUAGAAUUGAUCCUAAGUUAUUUGCUGGUUUGAAAUUCUGCUUUAUAGCUUUUAAGUCAGUAAUUGCCAAUGCUUGAUUAUGGUGUAAUUGAGAGUAAAACUAGCUAUGGAAAGUACUUGUUCUUUAAAGGAUGAAGUCUUCUUUGUCUUCGCAGAAACCCUAAAAUAGCCUCUUAAUUCACAUUCCUCACACCCUGGCUGAGACUGGAUGUUUUUCCAGUUGAAAUACACAGUGAAAGGUAAUUGUGAAGGGGAGGAAGUCUCUUGAUAAUCUCUGUACUUAUGCUUAAGGAAAGUCUAAAGUUGUUUCAAACACAGUUUUAAAAGCUAGCUGGUUAGUUUUACCUGUAGAGAAUUUCAAAGAGAGAAUGUUUAUUUGAACGAUCACCUAUUUCUAAUGAAUUUUUAAAGCCUUCUCUACAGGCUUUUAGAUAAGGUAAAAACCCCUACUCUUUAUCUGUCCAGUUGCCUGAUGAUUUCUUUGGUCAAUGACUGUAAUUUCUUCUUCAAGGUUUGGAAAAAAGUAGGUUUUGUAUUAAGUGAGAGGGAAUGAGAGCAUUGAUCGAGUUUAACGGAAGACUUUAAAAUAAAUGUUUCUUAUUCCAGGUUAUCUUUGCAAGUGCCACUUCUUUUCAUCUGAGGAAACACUGUUCAAAUCAUAUUUUGGGGACAAAAGUUCUUGUGUAGAAAAUGCCAGCACACUGAAUCUCACAAGUUCUUCUUCUGUACGAGGCCCGAAUAGCACUGGUAUAGGAAAACCACCUCUCUCAUCCAGCAGAUCUGUUUUCAGAAGCCAUACCCCACUGGCAGGAUAUUCAGUUACAUCCUCAUCUGCAGCCUCUGCUCAUAGCAUUGCCUCGGUUAUUGUAGCUGUGGUAGAAGGAAGAGGCCUUGCCAGAGGUGAAGUAGGAAUGGCCAGUAUUGACUUAAAAAAUCCUGAGGUGAUAUUAUCGCAGUUUGCGGACAAUACAACUUAUGCCAAGGUUAUUACUAAACUCAAGAUUCUAACACCGCUUGAAAUAAUAAUGUCAAACACUGCUUGUGAUGCAGGGAACACUACAAAAUUGUUCAGUCUGAUAACGGAACAUUUCAAGAAUGUGACUUUUACAACUGUCCAAAGAAAAUACUUCAAUGAAACGAAGGGUUUGGAAUACAUAGAACAAUUGUGUGCGUCUGAAUUCAGCACCAUUUUGAUGGAGGUUCAAUCAAAGUACUACUGUCUUGCGGCUGCUGCAGCUUUGCUAAAAUAUGUUGAAUUUAUUCAAAAUUCGGUGUAUGCUCCUAAGUCACUCAAGGUGCGUUUCCAGGGGAGUGAGAAAACAGCUAUGAUAGAUUCGUCUUCAGCGCAAAAUCUUGAACUAGUAAUUAAUAACAGAGAUUCUCGGAAUAGUCACACACUUUAUGGUGUCCUAAAUUACACUAAAACUCCAGGUGGAAGUCGAAGACUUAGAUCUAAUAUCCUGGAGCCACUUGUUGAUGCUGAAUCAAUUAAUAUGAGACUGGACUGUGUUCAGGAAUUACUCCAGGAUGAGGAGCUCUUUUUUGGUCUUCAAGCAGUUAUCUCAAAAUUCCUGGAUACAGAACAACUACUUUCAGUUUUGGUACAAAUUCCAAAGCAGGAUACAGUUAAAACUGCUGAAUCAAAGAUAACUAAUUUAAUCUACCUGAAGCACACUCUAGAACUUGUGGAACCUCUAACAGCUGCUUUAAGAAGCUGUAACACACCACUGCUAAAGGCUUAUUGCAGUUCUCUUGAAGAUACGAGAUUUGGAACUAUACUUGAAAAGAUUACAACUGUAAUUAACGACGACACAAGGUACACAAAAGGAUGUCUGAGUAUGAGGACCCAGAAAUGCUAUGCUGUUAAGCCUAACAUCAAUGAAUUCCUUGACAUAGCGCGUAGAACAUACACAGAAAUUGUCGAUGACAUAGCAGGUAUGAUAACACAACUUGCAGAAAAGUACAACCUGCCCUUGAAAACAAGUUUCAGCUCUGCCCGUGGAUUUUUUAUCCAGAUGACUGUUGAUAGUUCAGCGUUAGCCAAUGGCCAACUGCCUUCAGAAUUCACAAGGAUCACUAAAAUGAAAAACACAUAUAGCUUCACUUCAGCAGAUUUAAUAAAAAUGAAUGAAAGAUGUCAGGAGUCCCUGAGAGAAAUAUAUCACAUGACCUACUUAAUCGUGUGUAAACUGCUGAACGAGAUCUAUGAACACAUUCAUUGCCUGUACAAGCUGUCUGACAUUGUGUCAAUGCUGGAUAUGCUGCUUUCCUUUGCCCAUGCCUGCACUCUUUCCGAUUAUGUUCGUCCAGAAUUUACGGAUACUUUAGCAAUCAAGCAGGGAUGGCAUCCCAUUCUUGAGAAGAUAGCUGUGGAAAAACCUGUGUCUAACAACACAUACCUGACAGAGGGUAACAAUUUUGUCAUUAUCACAGGACCUAAUAUGAGUGGAAAAUCAACAUACCUAAAGCAGAUUGCACUCUGUCAAAUUAUGGCACAGAUUGGUUCUUAUGUCCCAGCAGAGUAUUGUUCUUUUCGAAUUGCAGAGCAAAUUUUUACCAGAAUAGGUAUGGAUGAUGAUAUAGAAACAAAUGCAUCAACGUUCAUGAAGGAAAUGAAAGAGAUAACAUACAUCAUACAAAAUGCUAAUGACAAAUCACUCAUCAUAAUUGACGAACUUGGCAGAGGUACCAGUGCUGAAGAAGGUAUUGGCAUUUGUUAUGCUGCCUGUGAAUAUCUGUUGAAUUUAAAGGCAUUUACAUUGUUUGCUACGCAUUUCCUGGAACUGUGUCAUAUGGAUGGUUUAUAUCCCAAUGUGGAAAAUUACCAUUUUGAAGUGCAACAUGUGAGAAGCAGUGCUGGAAAUAAGGAGAAAAUUGCUUACACUUACACACUCUCUAAAGGAUAUACAGAGGAAAAGAACUACGGAUUAAAAGCUGCAGAAGUUUCUUCCCUACCAUCAUCCAUAAUUUUGGAUGCAAAGGAAAUCAUAAAUCAUAUCGCGAAACAAAUUUUGCACAGGCAGAAGAGCACUCCUGAGAUGAUGAAACAGAGAGCUAUGUACCACUUAGCAAUGAGGCUGGUUCAGACUGCGAGAAAUUCUCGACUCGAUCCGGACAGUUUGCGUAUAUAUUUGAAAGGCUUGAAGAAAAAGUAUGAAGCCAGUUUUCCUGCACCUGGACAAAGUGAUGAACAACAGUAAUGUGUGACAUAGGCUGUCGCUCUAAUUUUUGUGACUGCAAGAUAGUUCUGUUUUCUUCCCCAGUAUUAGAAAACACUACUUUUCCCAUGUUCUUAAAUUCUCAAUUCUUAGUCUAGACUAUACACACUACUGAAAGACCAUAUCCUUCAUGUUUUUUUUCCCCUAGACAUACCCAAAGUAAAAGCAGUUCCUUUGUAUGAGGAACAAAGUUAUUUUUGAUAGUGGACUACACCCCUUUCAUUAUUUUAGAGACAAAAGUUAUGCAAUAUUUAGUAUUUGCUACGUGAUAUAUCUGGUAUUAUAGCUCUUACAUCUGAUACUGAAGAUCUUGCCCAACAAAAAGCAGUCUUUGAAAUAAGUGGUCUGCUUGUCUUGCAUAGACAGGCUCUGCUUGCACUGUUGAACAUGUGUCCAUAAAUCCUGUUCCCUACUCAAGGAGACUUCUGGCUCUUGAAAUCAUUACAGUUAAUCCAACAGAAUGCAGGCAGUGCAGGACUGCUGCCUCUCCAGAACUGGGCAGCCAGAGCUUUUUUGUAACAGCCGAUUACUGUGGUAUUAACACUGUUGAUCAGUUGUUUAGAAAGUGAGUAAUGAAAACAAUAAAGAGUUGAAUAUCCUUCUUCCUUAUCUUUCUUUUUUAGUACAAAUUCUUUGAGUGCCAGCAGGCAUCUAUUCCAGCUAGAAGAGAUUUAUCUCUCAUUACUUCCUUCUAACCAACUUGGCCAAUUUAUAUGUGUAUGUGUGUGUGUAUAAAAUCUACUGUAUCUAUGAAAUGGGUAAUACAUAACAGUUUAUCUAAUUUACAACUGCAAAUAUUAUUUAUAUGUAGUUAUAUUUCCUUUUUUGUACCUACAUUUGUAAAUUUACCAGUGCAACAGAAUAACAUUUGUAGUAGUCGCACUGUGCUUUUUACUUCAGAAUUUUUUGUACUGAUUUAAACACCAUUUCCUUCUCUUCAGGCUUUAAAUAUUGCCAAUAUGUUACUCAUAUCCAUCGGUAAUACCGUAUUUGUUCUCAACCCCAGUGAGGAUCAUAGCAAGAAAAAGUAUUUUGUGUUGAGGUUUCUUAACAAGAGGAGCCAGGUGGCAAGGGAUAAAUGUUUCAGGCACUGGACAGGCAGCACGUGUGCCUGGGGGUCACCCACCCCAGCACCAGACAGAAUGGGUCUGGGGGCUAUGCUUGGGAGCAUGCAGUAGUUUGACCCUGUCAGAAUUGUUCCCCUGUUUUGCACACCUUAUUUCAGAGCCUUCGGGUUACUUCCACUCAGUCUGUUUGUGUAUGUAUACUCUACACGCUGCUCUCCUGAAACACGUUCUUAAAUAAGGAGGUUUUGUGGUUCUUUAUGGAUAUCUGGAUGCCAAGGAGUGGGACCAGAGUACAAAAAGAUAACAUAGCUACGUUCAGACUCAUUUUUGUAUCACCUGUGCAGUCCUCUCAGUCGACAAAUUGGUGUGAAUUCCAGGGUCUUCGCUAGUGCUGUCCAGAGUUCCUUGGAGGGGAAAACCAAAGUACCUUCGAGGGCUGUGCAGUGAGCUUUAUUGCCAGUCUAAGAAUGCUGGUGGGAGCAGAGGGGAUCUCGGGAAGUUUACACUGAGGAAUUACAGGGAAGCAGAAAGGUCAGAGGGCAAAAAAAGGCUUAUCCUUUCCUGUUCCCUCUCCACAGCUGUGUGAGUAGCAAGUCAGGUUGCUGCUUUUUUAAAUGCCCUUUUCUUGCUCCUGCCAUUCCUCGCUCAAGGUGGCAAUCUCCAAGGUAGAGAUUUUAAACUGACCCUGACCAACAGCUAACAGUGGAAGUCAAAAGGCAUGCAACAGUGUCUGAUAAAGCCCUGAAACUUCUACAGGCCAUUCAUCUCUGUGACGAGAUUCCUGUUUUGUGUAGUUUGUAAACAUCUUGUCCUAGAGAAAUGAACAAUGCAUUUACUGUCUGUGCUAACUCGAGCUUUUUGAUGCAGACCUUCUACCAUAUGUCUGUGAGACAAGGCCACCUGACAGAGUGUUAUUUGGAGCACGAAUUGAGGAUCCAAAACCACUGCAGCAAGACAUAGACUCGCUUUCUAAAGUCCUUAUAUCUUCCUCCACAAAAUUCCUGGCAGCAGCAGGCCUGCAAAGGGACAAGGCAGAAAAAGCAAAAAUCUGACAAACUGAAAAUACAGUAGAAUUCACUGUCAGCCUUUAGGUCUGAAAUACCAAGGCUAAAUUUACUUCAGAAAUUGGCUUUCCACUUGACAUACACAUUGGCAACCUGUACUUCAGGCAGCAGAGAUGGCCACCCAACACUUGGCCUGCACAGUUUUAAUACUAACAGAAUUGUAUAUUGACGUGUAAAAAAAAAGCUCUCAAUACUUUGUCAGGCUACAAUUCUGGGAAUUAACGUGAUACAUGGUAAGGAGUACUGGGACCGUAACUGGUUUUGAACCAGUUUCAGUCACAGUGACAGAAGUGCCUUUAAUCUACUGCUGCAGAAGUAAAGGCUUGAUCUUGCUGCUUACAUUACAGCAAAACCAUCUGAAGUCCAGCAUGGCUGGAGAGCUUGUCAUAAUCACGGUGCUCAAAUGGAGGGUUCAGCUUUUCCUCCUCUUCACUGUGUGUCAUUAAAUAAUCCUCCUGAUUUUGCAGGAAAAGAACAUCUCAGAUGGGAGAUGGGCAUCACUUUGUACCCCACCUAUUAACACCUCAAAAGAUCAAGAACCACCAGCCUAAAAGUGCUCUGUUCCUGUGCCCAAAAACUUUCAUAUCCCCCGUCGCCACUCACCACCAUCCUGAAAAGCGUAGUCUCUUCCUGCUCCCAGCAGCUCUGAAGUCCCCCGUCACAGCUCCACCACAGCUACAGACUUUGAAUCCACUUCCUCCUACCGAAACCUUCUCCCUUAAAUUGCCACAAAUCUGACAUAUCAAAGUGUCUGCCUUAGCCUUAGCAUCUACCCAUUCCAGGGCAAGAGGCAUCUUUCACUAUCCUGAAGUAUGGACUCAAACUCCACCCACUGCAUCCUAUCCAGAAUGCUCAAAGGCAACACUCAAACCCCCAGUGUAACCUCAAUCUCCGAGCAGAUCUUCCUGCCGAAUCACGAGGAGCCAUCUGGGUCCCUCACCUCAUUUUCAAAAGUCUCAUCUGUGUUCUUUUUUUCUGUAGCAACGUUUUACUCCUCUUUGUUUCCCAGCACAACUUGUUCUUGCAUUCUUUUUAUUCAUCCAAACAAGUUCUUGGCGCCAGAAUCGGACCUCUGUUCAAUUCCAGAUUUUAAUACAUGUUUCCCUUUCCUCUUUUCUCCUUCCCAUUCCUCUGUUCACAUCUACAUCUUUCUUUCCUCCAACCUUUUCCCUCCAUCUGGCUUUCUGUUCCUGUUUUCCCUUUCAAACCCUCUCUUCAGGUCACUGUCCCUCUGUCUGGCCAUCUAUCCAUCUUUUAAUUGCCCUGUUUUGCUGCCUGUUCCUCUUCCAUCUUCAUCUCUGCCACUGCCCAUUUCUGAUCUUCUCUCCCUCUGUCAGCUUCUCUAUGUUUCCUUUUCUCUUCCCAUCGCUCUGUCUGGCUCCCCAGUGCUCUGCCCAGUGACCUUCCCCUUUCCCUCUAAAUCCUUGGAUGCACCUCUACAUCCCUCAUUUGAACUCUUUGUUCAUUCCGUGCUCUCACAUCUCUUGCUUGUAGAAAAGAUGCUUUGAUUAUGCACGUAACUUCUCAGGAAUUUAUUCUGAAGGUGGCUUCUUCCAUGCACUUCUGAAAGCUAUGCAAUAAAACAGUCCGAGCUUAUUAGAAAACAAUUGUUUUCUCUGUCAUAGAUCCUGGAGAUGAGAGAGAACAGGCCUGUGGUUAAAUUCUUGGUGUUGUCAGGCAGUAGUUUUGUACCCCAUUUGUGCUGCAGGCUGUCCCCUCCCGGGGCUUGCUUCUCCGUCUCCUUGAUCUGUGCCUUCUCUGCAGCAUGGGUUUCCGUAUGAUGGCCUGAAACACAGGACUUGGGUGGUUUAAGUGUUGCAUAAGCACAGAACAGGGAAAUAGUCUGCGGAAAUUACCUUUUUUUCAUUUUAUUAAUGAAAACAAAGGGUUUUUUGUAAGGGAGGCUUUUAAUGCAAAGUCAUUUGAAGACAUCUGUGUCGUGCCCUGCCAGCAUAUGGUAAUCUUGGAGUCUCUGAGCCUGCGGAAGUUGCAGUGCUAUGUUUUUAUAGCUGUAUCAGGUCUGUGAGAUGUCUUUAAGGACUCCAACAAAUGUUUGUUUUCAUUGUCCUUCCACAAAUCAACCUUUUGUUUCUGUUUACAAGGAGGUGAAAAUCCAGCCUUUCAAGUCUGUGACAGUUUCAUGAACUCAGUUCCUGCAUGGGAGAAUAAUUUCGGUUCAGCAUUUUGAAUAAAACCAAGGCUAAAGUGACUUUCUUACUGUUGUUUGUUUUGAGGAGCAUAUACAGUCUGCUUAGUGCUGCACUGACGUGGAAGUGGCCACUACAUCAACAUGGAGAAGCUCAUGCUGUAAGGCUAAGUGCAUCAUCUCUGAACUGUCUAUAUUCCCAGGAGUGUAUGAACCACAGCAGACCUUUCAUUCUCACUUAGAUCUUACUCUUUCACAGCGAUACAAGAAGCAUCUGAGAUUCUGUGAGCCAAAGUGUGGAAAUAAAGUAGAUGUUCAUAGCAGAUAGAACAUCUUAGGAAGCAGGAGCCCUUGGAAAGAUGAGCUUCAAAACAGAUCGUUGGCACGAUAAGAAAUAAUUAUUACCAUGAGGAUGCUUAACCCGAGAAAGAGCAAUAGAGAGGAGCAGCAGUCUGUGCUGUGAGGAAUUACGUGCCAGGUACCACCUAAGAACCUUACAAAGGAAAACAAAGGAUUUAUAAAGUGCAUCUUUCUCCCCCACUUUUGUCUGUGUGUGGCUAAACUAAAAUCUGUAUUGUGAUAGAGGUGAUCGCCUGCCAACUUCUUUUCCAGGCUCUUGCUUCUUCUGGCCAUGAGUGUUCUAUAGCAAACCAGAUUUUGCUUGGUUUGCAAAGACUGCGGAAUGAGGUGUGCUUCAAAUCAGGCUUUAGAUGCAGCAAAGAGACAGGAUAACAUCGAGGUGAAUGCGUGAUUUUUCUAGGCCAAGCAACCCAACAGAUCAAAUCUCUUCUUCAGACACGUAUGUGAUAGUGCCAUGUGAGAAGUUGUUGUUGGAACCAGAGCAGACCAUGCAGUGAGUCCAAGCUCUGAAAGUCUUGGAAAAGCAGAAAUAAGAUUGUAUUUUCUGCAGGCAACUCGCUGAGCCAUGAGACCCAGAGGGGCAAAAGGGAAAAAUGAGGCACCUGAGCAGGUAAAAUCUGUGCACGAUCCCAGGGAUGCAUGGCUUUGUAGCU